AAUGAAAGUGUUAAUUCAAUGUGAGUAGAUUUUUGCAAUGAAACGUAUCUGUUGACAUGACACGUGGCCAAUCACUCAUCGGCCUAUUUUUUCUUCUUUGUGCUAUUCAUCUGUCUCUCUCGCUCUAAAAAUUUUAAAGACCACAGCUUAUAAGGUUUGACAAAGGCAAAAUCCUCACAUCAUCCAAAACCUCCGAGAUUGAAAGGCUGCGACUUGAGAGGGAUGAAAGAGACGGAGGGUCUGAAUUCGAGCUUUGAGAAAUUGAUGGUUUUCGGUGUUGCUGAGAGCAUGAGUGGUGGUGGUGGGAUGGGGGGUGGUUUGGGUGGGGGUGCGAGGAUAACUGAGUGGAAGGAUAUUCCAGUAGAGCUGUUGUUCAGGAUUUUGUCUCUGGUGGAUGAUCAGACGGUGAUUGUGGCUUCUGGGGUUUGCCAUGGAUGGAGGGAUGCAGUUUCUUGGGGCCUUACCCAUCUUUCUCUCUCUUGGUGCAAGAAGAACAUGAACAAUCUAGUGCUAUCACUGGCCCCUAAGUUCACGAAGCUGCAGGGUAUCGUCUUGAGGCAGGACACACCACAGCUCCAGGACGAUGCUGUUGAGAAAAUUGCGGCUCACUGUCAUGAACUUCAAGAGUUGGAUCUUAGUAAGAGCUUCAGACUCACUGAUCGCUCAUUGUAUGCAUUGGCACAUGGUUGCCCGGAGCUCGUGAAGCUGAAUAUUAGUGGAUGUACAGCCUUCAGUGAUACUGCUCUCGGAUAUCUGACCAGCUUCUGCAGGAAACUGAAAACCUUGAAUCUUUGUGGUUGUGUUAGGACUGCGACUGAUAGGGCGUUGAAGGCAAUUGCGUACAACUGCCAUCAAAUGCAGUCGUUGAAUCUAGGAUGGUGCGACCGGGUUGGUGAUGAAGGUGUCAAGAGUUUGGCCUAUGGUUGCCCUAAUCUUAGAGCUCUUGACUUGUGCGGAUGCCUUCUUAUCACAGACGAGAGUGUCGUUGCAUUGGCAAACAACUGCCUCCACCUGAGGUCGCUUGGGUUGUACUACUGCCAGAAUAUUACAGACAGGGCAAUGUACUCCCUAGCACAGAGCCGGGUGAGGAACAAGCACGACGUAUGGGCAUCCGUGGAGGAGGGGCUCACGAACCUCAAUAUCAGCCAGUGCACGGCCCUCACGCCCCCGGCAGUACAGGCCCUGUGCGACUCUUUCCCUGCCCUCCACACGUGCCCUGGUCGACAUUCCCUCAUAAUCAGCGGCUGCCUCAACUUAACAUCCGUGCACUGUGCCUGUGCCCUCCAGGCGCACCGUGCCUCAUCCGCCCUGCCCCAUCUUGCACACUGAGUCGAGAUAGGACCGGAACAGUUGUAUGUAAAAUCCGUAGUCUACUUUGGAACACUUUUCUGCAUGUCUUCAUCUUCUUGAAGCAUUGGAUUACAUUGCCACUCUUCUGUGAUUUUACUACAUGGAAUAUUGCUUCGUGUGA